CUUCGGGUCUUUCCCCCGCCGGCCAGGCUCAGCCAGAUCCCCGGGAGCUGCUCUCUGGCUCCUCGGCUUGUGGCUGUGGGUCCCGCCAGGCUCGCCCUCCGCACAAAGCUCCGCGACCCCCAUCGCCCCCGCUCCCUCUGCCCGCCAAGGCUAGGGCCGCAGACCCCCAGUCGCCUCCCUCUCAUCUACGGCAGCUCGUGCAUCUCCAGUUCCUAAGACAAGAUGCCGUCGGGCUUCCAACAGAUCGGCUCCGAAGAUGGGGAGCACCCCCAGCAACGAGUCACUGGGACCCUGGUCCUCGCCGUGUUCUCCGCUGUGCUCGGCUCCCUGCAGUUUGGCUACAACAUCGGGGUCAUCAAUGCCCCCCAGAAGGUGAUUGAACAGAGCUACAAUGAGACAUGGCUGGGGAGGCAGGGGCCUGAGGGACCUGGCUCCAUCCCACCAGGCACCCUCACCAUGCUCUGGGCUCUCUCCGUGGCCAUCUUCUCUGUGGGCGGCAUGAUCUCCUCCUUCCUGAUUGGAGUCAUCUCUCAGUGGUUGGGAAGGAAGAGGGCAAUGCUGUUCAACAAUGCCCUGGCAGUGCUAGGGGGCGCCCUCAUGGGCCUGGCCAAGGCGGCUGCCUCCUACGAGUUGCUCAUUCUUGGACGGUUCCUCAUUGGCGCCUACUCAGGGCUGACGUCGGGGUUGGUGCCCAUGUACGUGGGGGAGAUCGCCCCCACUCACCUGCGGGGCGCCUUGGGGACACUCAACCAACUGGCCAUCGUCACUGGCAUCCUGAUUGCCCAGGUGCUGGGCUUGGAGUCCAUACUGGGCACUGCUACCCUAUGGCCACUUCUCCUGGGCAUCACUAUGCUGCCUGCCCUCCUGCAGCUGGUCCUGCUGCCCUUCUGCCCAGAAAGCCCCCGCUACCUGUACAUCAUCCGGAACCUGGAGGGGCCCGCCAGAAAGAGUUUGAAGCGCCUGACAGGCUGGGCCAACGUGUCUGAAGAGCUGGCUGAGCUGAAGGAGGAGAAGCGGAAGCUGGAGCAUGAGCGGCCACUGUCCCUGCUCCAGCUCCUGGGCAGCCACAUCCACCGGCAACCCCUCGUCAUUGCAAUUGUGCUGCAGCUGAGCCAGCAGCUGUCGGGCAUCAACGCAGUUUUCUAUUAUUCAACCAGCAUCUUCGAGACGGCGGGGGUAGGGCAACCAGCCUACGCCACCAUCGGAGCCGGUGUGGUCAACACGGUCUUCACCUUGGUCUCGGUGUUCUUGGUGGAACGGGCUGGGCGCCGGACCCUCCAACUCCUAGGCCUGGCAGGCAUGUGUGGCUGUGCCAUCUUGAUGACCGUGGCUCUGCUUCUGCUGGAGCGGGUUCCAGCCAUGAGCUAUGUCUCCAUCGUGGCCAUCUUUGGCUUUGUGGCCUUCUUUGAGAUUGGCCCUGGCCCCAUCCCCUGGUUCAUCGUGGCCGAGCUCUUCAGCCAGGGACCCCGCCCAGCAGCCAUGGCUGUGGCUGGUUUCUCCAACUGGACGUGCAACUUCAUCAUUGGCAUGGGUUUCCAGUAUGUUGCGGGUGGAGAAACCCCCUGCAGCCUGGUGGAAUUGGGAAGCUGGAGGGAAGGGUGGUCUGAGCACCCCCCUCAUUCCCCUCGUGUGACUCUUGGAUUAUUUGUGUUGUGGUUAGGCUGUGGCCGUGGGGUGGGCCAUUCUCCCUUCUCAUCCCCUCCUUCCUCUGUAGCCCACCCGCACCCCGCCCCAGCUCCAGGAUACUUCUGCCCCGGCCAGAGUAGGGGGAUUAUAGGGAGGAGAGGCUCUAAGACUGACUUUCCGGUGGGCGUGAACUGAAGCCAAGAGCAGGACUGGAGAAGAGAUAUCCAGUUCCUGCCGCCUUGGACUCCUCCCACUCUGGCACUUUCUCUGAAUUCUUGCCACAGACUCUGGGUGAAGGGGGGGGUCUGUCUUGUCCCCUCCAGGGCAAAGGACGCACCCCUCCCAAGGUCUAACCUCACCUCUCUCACUGCAGGCUCAGUCCUCUUGCUCGGGCUUCUGGGGUGAGAGGGAACACACGUCCACAUGUGGGGAGAGGAAGGGACAGCAGGCGCCUCUCUAGACUCAGGGUUCCGGGCCCCACCCCAGCUGCUCCCCAAGGCUGCCAGAUGGGGGCCCCAGCUCUUUCCUCCUCUCCCAUCCCGGGAGGGUGUUGUACCCAAAGGCUUUUGACCAACUAAGGGAAAGAGGGAUUUGAAAGGCUGCCUGUGAACACUGGGCUGGGAGGAGCCUUCAGAUAUUUUUGUAUAUGUUUGGAAAAGAAGGGGCAGGGAGAAGAAACUGAAGGUCUGUUGUACUAAAUGUAUAUAUAUAUAGAUCCGUAUAUAAAGUUACUGUAUGA